CUCCUCCUCCUCAGCUUUUCUAGUUCAUCGCCUCGUUUAGCGUAAUACGAGUUAACUCUGCUGGUUUGAAAUUUUACAGUCGCCACAGCGAAAAUGUCUCGACCAGGAGCAGAAGUGAUCGUGACACGUAUCGAAUAGACAGACAUAAGGAGUGUCGUUAGUGUAUGGAUAGAUUGCCGUGUGCACGCUUGUAGAUGCACAGGAGCCCAUUUGUUUUUCAGCGGAUGAGCUCUCCUGACAGCCAUGGGUCCUUGGAUGCUGCUGCCUCUACUCGCCAUUGUGAAAAGCAGCCAGGCGGCAGACACCGAGGAGCGAUUGGUGGAGCACCUCCUCAACCCCGCCCACUACAACAAAUUGAUCCGGCCGGCGGCCAAUGGCUCUGAGGUGGUGACAGUUCAGCUCAUGGUGUCGUUGGCACAGCUUAUCAGUGUGCAUGAGCGAGAGCAGAUAAUGACCACUAAUGUCUGGUUAACGCAGGAGUGGCAGGACUACCGACUGACGUGGGUCCCGGAGGAGUUUGACGGCAUGCUGAAGGUCAGACUUCCCUCCAAGCACAUCUGGCUGCCGGAUGUGGUGCUUUAUAACAAUGCUGAUGGGAUGUACGAGGUGUCCUUCUAUUCCAAUGCGCUGGUCUCCUAUGACGGCAGCAUCUUCUGGCUACCUCCUGCCAUCUACAAGAGCGCCUGCAAGAUCGAAGUGAAGCACUUCCCGUUUGACCAGCAGAACUGCACCAUGCGCUUCCGAUCGUGGACGUACGACCGCACAGAGAUCGACCUGGUCCUCAAGUCUGAUGUGGCCAGCAUGGAUGACUUCACACCCAGCGGCGAGUGGGACAUCAUCGCCCUUCCUGGGCGGCGCAACGAGAACCCGGCAGACUCCACCUACGUGGACAUCACCUACGACUUCAUCAUCCGCCGCAAGCCACUCUUCUACACCAUCAACCUCAUCAUCCCCUGCGUGUUGAUCACUUCGCUGGCCAUCCUGGUCUUCUACCUGCCCUCCGACUGCGGCGAGAAGAUGACCCUGUGCAUCUCCGUGUUGCUGGCGCUCACCGUCUUCCUGCUCCUCAUCUCCAAGAUCGUGCCGCCCACCUCGCUGGACGUGCCGCUGGUGGGGAAGUAUCUGAUGUUCACCAUGGUGCUGGUGACCUUCUCCAUCGUGACCAGUGUGUGCGUGCUCAACGUGCACCACCGCUCGCCCACCACGCACACCAUGCCCCCUUGGGUCAGGAUGGUCUUCUUGGACAAGCUGCCCGCUUUGCUUUUCAUGCCCCAACCCAGAAACAGCAGCGAGCGUCAGAGGCUAAGGCAAAACCGCCGGGCCAAUGAGCAGCGAGAAGGGGGCGGAGUCAGGCCGGGCUUCUCCAAUGAGAGCGGGGACGCCUGCACCUGCUAUGUGAACCGAGCCUCGCUGAAGCACUUGGGGGGGGAACCCGGCGGAGGGGGCAGCAGUUCGGCCGAAGGGCUCGUGGGACACGGGGAGGGGAGGGAAGGCGCCGCCCCCACCCCCACACACCCCCCCAGCCUGACCCCCCCUCUCACGCAAGCCCUGCUGGGUCAGGCCUGCCCAGGCUUCGAGGAAGCUGUGGAGGGGGUACGGUUCAUCGCCAACCACAUGAGGAAUGAGGAUGACGACCAAAGCGUGAUUGAAGACUGGAAGUACGUCGCCAUGGUGAUCGACCGGCUUUUCCUGUGGAUCUUCGUAUUCGUGUGUGUGUUCGGCACAGUGGGCAUGUUCCUGCAGCCGCUCUUCCAGAACUAUACAGCCAAGACCAUAUCGCACUCACCUGGCUGACCCAUUAGGGCGUUCCGGACGCUGCCCUAAAUAAAUGCUGACCUGGCUGGAGGGUGCAAAAAAAAAAUAAAUAAAAGAUGGCCCCCACCUGAACCGAGUCAUUUUUACCCAUCAUUGACCUGGACUGAUGGAUGGUCAUCUUCACACAGAUUUAUAUAAACUCCCAAUAAACAGUCAAAAUAUAAGAAUAAGUGUUUUGGAGACGUUCCCAGUUCAUUUCCUCCCACUUCAUUUUUGAAAGAUAUAAGGAGAAAUAAAUCAAGAAGACGGGACACGUUCGUAUACUUUACUGUCAGUCCUGUCGGCCAAUCAUAGGCUUCUGAUCAUCUGCGUCAUCAGGGCAUCCACCAGUCCAUACCCCAGCCGCAAAUGCAGCCCGCCGCAAGGAAACAUGCUCUGACAUGUUUGUUUCGUCAAACAAAAAGAAAAAAAAACACCAGUAUGCUUGUUGGUUCACUCUAGUAUUCCCUACCAUAGCACAACCUUCCGUCAGCUUAUCAUAAAAUGUGUUCUCGGAAAGAAAGUGCUGGAGAUGACGUGAGUAGAUGGGCAUAUGUACACGAAACCAAUAUAUAUUACCUGUGAAGAGUAUUUUAAAUGUUCAGUUGAGUGAGUUGAUGAUGUGAGAGCAGCUGUCUAUUGCAGUUGUGGGGAGUGUGGGGUUGGGGUCCGGGCUCAGCAUGUGUUUAGUGAGGAGUAAAAUAAGUCUAAGUAAUUAUGAUGAAAAACAAGCACCUAGAGAUUUGGACAGUUCUAUGGAUGUCAAAUGUUUGAAAAGCGAUUGGGACAAAGUACAUUUUCGUCUUAUCUCUUAUUAGCCUCAUAACAUAGAUGGUGCCCAGAUUCCUCCUUUCCCUGAUCCCUGUCUGUUUCUUGUACUCCAUGCCUCUACUUAGGAUGCCUGUAGCCAUGGUGCAUGAAAAAUAAUGGAAAGUGCUGGAGGUUAUAAACUGUUCAAAUCACCCA